AUGGCAGAAGCUACUACUCUGAAGGGCCAACCCCUCGAUCGCCCCGUCCUGGACUCCAUGCUCCGACGGCGGAUGUUCUAUACGCCUGCCUUUGAGAUUUACGGGGGUGUCGCCGGUCUCUACGACUACGGCCCACCUGGUUGCGGUCUUCAGGCCAACAUCGUCGACUUGUGGCGGAAGCACUUCGUUCUGGAGGAGGAUAUGCUAGAGGUCGAUUGCUCCGUGCUGACGCCCGGCGAGGUCUUGAAGACGAGUGGCCACGUGGACAAGUUUGCCGACUGGAUGUGCAAGGACCCCAAGAGCGGCGAGAUCAUUCGAGCCGACCACUUCGUCGAGGAGAUCCUCGAGAACCGGCUGAAGGGCGACAAGGAGGCUCGUGGCGUGAAGGUUGAGGAGAAGCAGGCAGACCCCAAGAAGAAGAAGAGGAAGGCAAAAGGUGGGCCAGCGGCCGUCAAGCUUGACGACGCGGUUGUGCAGGAGUACGAGGAAAUAUUGGCCAAGAUCGACAACUACAACGGCAAGGAGCUUGGGGAGUUGAUCAAGAAGCACGAUCUUAAGAAUCCAGAUACCGGUGUGCAGCCCUCGCCACCCAUCGCUUUCAACUUGAUGUUCCAGACGGCUAUCGGUCCCAGCGGCCACAUUCCCGGAUAUCUCCGGCCCGAGACUGCCCAGGGUCAAUUUCUAAACUUCUCGAAGCUGUUGGAAUUCAACCAGGGCCAGAUGCCGUUCGCUUCCGCAUCCGUCGGCCGGUCCUACCGAAACGAGAUUUCCCCCAGGGCCGGUUUGCUACGGGUGCGCGAGUUCCUGAUGGCCGAGAUCGAGCAUUUCGUGGAUCCCCAAGGUGGAAAGAAGCAUCCACGGUUCCACGAGGUUAAAGAUAUCAAGCUGGUACUCCUGAACCGGGAAACCCAGCUUGCCGGCAAAACCCACGUCGAAGAGGUCUCCAUCGGCGAGGCUGUGGCAAACGGCACUGUUGAUAACGAGACGCUGGGCUACUUCUUAGCCCGGAUUCACCUGUUCCUCGAGAAGAUCGGCGUCGACCAAUCCAAGAUCCGCUUUAGGCAGCAUAUGGCGAACGAGAUGGCCCAUUACGCUGCUGACUGCUGGGACGCGGAGCUUUUCACUUCGUACGGUUGGGUCGAGUGUGUUGGCUGCGCGGACCGGAGCGCCUACGAUCUCAGCGUCCACGCCAAGAAGACUGGCGCACCUCUGAUUGUCCGCGAGCAACUGCCCGAGCCUAUAGUUAUCGAGGAAUGGCAGGUUUCCCUCAACAGGAAGCUAUUUGGCCCGCAUUUCAAGAAGGAUGGCAGGGCGGUAGAGGCUGCUGUGGAAGGGACUGGACAGGACCAGCGAGAGGCCCUGGCGAAAGAACUAAGCGAGAAGGGCAGCAUUACCAUCGAGGUUGCCGGUGUGGGUAACGGCAAGGUUCAGAUCCCCAAAGAACUCAUCACGAUAGAGCGGCGGACGAGAGCCGAGCACGUUAGGGAGUACACGCCCAACGUCAUCGAGCCGUCGUUUGGCAUCGGUAGAAUAUUGUACUCCAUCCUGGAGCAUAACUUCUGGACCCGAGCCAGCGAUGGCGGCGACGAAGCUCGUGGUGUUCUGUCGUUCCCACCGACAGUGGCCCCAACCAAGGUGCUUAUUGUGCCUCUCUCGUCGAACGAGAAGUUCAGGCCGACCUGUCAUAAACUCUCCCAAAAGCUCAGGAAGAUUGGGAUAUCCAGCCGCAUCGACGACUCUUCGGCGACGAUCGGCAAGCGAUACAGUCGCAACGACGAACUAGGCACGCCCUUAGGUAUCACGGUCGAUUUCCAGACCAUCCAGGACGGCUCGAUCACGCUUCGAGACCGCGACUCGACGAAACAAGUGCGCGCCGACGAAGACACGAUCAUCGCCGCGAUUCAGUCGGUGGUUGAUGGCAGCAAGCGGUGGAGAGACGUCGAGGCGGAGCUGCCCGCUUUCGAGGGACAGGAGGUCGAGGUUACCGUCCGCUAG